AUGCUCUACUCGGACACGGCUAUGGUGGAGAAGACGCGCGACUUCUUGGAGCUGUUCGAGGACCACACUGACCGGUUGUCCGACAGAGAGCGGCUGUUGGUUUUCCGGCAGGAGCUGAAGGGACGUGAGGCCGAAAGGUGGUGGAGCAACUCCAGCAUCAAGUCGUUCGCGACGCUGAAGGUGCGUUUCCACAACCGGUUCCUCAGCAGGACGGCCGACGAGCUCUGGGAGAGACUGUACUCCACUAAGCGUGAACGUGGCGAGUCAGUGGAGGAAUGGGGAGACCGAGUCACCGAUCUGUGCGACUCCCUCGACUAUCCGAACCCUCAGAUGCGGUAUCAGUUGUUCCGACAUGCAUCGUCCUGUGGAGGAAGACGACGAAUUUCCUGA